UGGUCGAUAGAUGCAUUGAUGCAAAUAAAAAUUGUUUAUUUUUAAAUAAUAUUAUGUUAUAGUUAUUUGUUAGUACUUAUGCUUUAGUGAAAAAAUGUCGGUAGAAAUCUGGAAUCUUGAAAAGGAUUUGUGUCGGUGCUGUCACACGGAAGGUUCCUUCGACAACUUGGCCGAACCAAAAACUUAUUUAGAAAAAGUAGAAAUUUAUUCAGAUAUGUUGAGAGAUUGUUUUGAUAUCGAGAUAGCUCCAGUGCCGGGAGAGCUUUGUACCAUGACAUAUAAAAUAUGCGAAGCCUGUAUACUGAGGCUUAGAUAUGCCGUAACGUUUAAAAAACAAGUCCAAGACUGUGAAGAAAGGUUUAUGGAAUUGUACUAUAAGAAUGCAAUCAAAGCUUUAAACAAUCAACAAAGUUCAAAGUCAGUUGUGAAAGAAGAACUAUCGGAAUCUUUUUUAAUAGAUCUCAAGGAAGAAGACAUAUCACAAAUGGAUCAUCACGAUGAAGAUGAUGAAGACGAGGAUGACGAUGAUGACUUCGAUUUGAAGGAAGACGAAGACGAACAGAACUCAGACGAAGAUAUCUUAGUUAUAAACAAGCAAAAGUUGAAAACGAAGGAAAAAUUGAAAAUCGAAAAGCCGAAGAUGAAACGAGGCCGCCCGCGGAAGAUCAAAGAGGAGAAACGGAAGGAGGCGGUGAAGGAGAAGAAAGGCGAUGAUUCGACGCGUUCGUUUCGACUCCAAGCGGGCGAUUAUAGGCGGGACGGCGAUAAAUUCGCGUGUUGCCGUUGCGAAAAGAUAUACGACAAAAUGUGCUCGCUAAGAUUCCAUAUCAAGACGAAGCAUUACAAGAUACCGAGGUUCACGUGCCAGUACUGCAUGAAGGGCUUCAUGACCCACGCUCCGUUCACGAUCCACAAGCUAGAAGAUCACAACAUCGACGAAAGGUACUACUGUAAAGCGUGCAAGGGCACCUUCAACACGAAGAUUCAGCUGAGGAAGCACAUCAACAACUUCCAUAUGCUCGGCGAGAGGUACCAGUGCGAUCUUUGCGACUACGAGUCCUUCAGUUUCGAGGGUAUGUACAAACACAAGUUCAAACAUAAAACGUCGAAGGACUACCACUGUCGGUUCUGUAGGAAGUCGUUCCUGAGGAAGACGACUCUCGACCUCCACGAGAGGAUACACACGGGGGACAGGAGGAAGGUCUGCAAGAUCUGCAGCCAGGCGUUCGUCCAGAAGGCCAGCUUGAACUAUCACAUGACGAAAUAUCACCCCGAUGUUAACUUCUAGUGUAGUGUUGAAUUUAAUUCAGUUGUUGAAUGUGUUAUCACAAUUUUUAUAUAAAUAUAUGAACGCUAGCAACUCAGUUCGGAGACAUUUCUGUGUCAGAUGGAUUUAUGCGUGAAUUUUUAUCCGAUGGUCGUGGAUUCGAAUCCAGACAGUUAACACUGCGAGCAGAUACAUUUUUUUAUAUACCGGGAAAGCAAGUGACUCCACUGCACCUGAUGGUAAGUGGUAGUGGAGUCAAACGCGACGACGGCCAGUACGGUCGAGAAUGUUCUGUACUAGCCGCCCCGCAAGAUGUGUGUACUUUGUGUUUGUAAAGCAUUUUUUGUCCGGAAGUUGAAGAUAUUUCGAUUAAAAUUCUGCAAAUGUAUUCAUUAUGGCAAUUCAAGCGAGUACCGUGAUGGAACAAGCUCGAAAUCUUCUAAAGAGUACAACAAUUCUUGUGCUUUGCACUGGGACAUUCAAAGUAUACGCUUUACUGGAUAUCACAUAGAAUACUAUUCGAACUUGAAGAUUUAUAUUUAAAAAUGUCACUUUUUCAGUGUUGCAAGCGUAAGUUUUUUUUUUUUUUUUACUUAUUUUAUUUGGCAAGAAUGAAAUUAAAGCACAAUUUUAUAUAUGUUAUGAAUUUUUAAUGUUAAAUAUUUUUGGUGACAUUUUAUUUAUGUGUAAAAUGUUUAUAUGUAUUUAUUUAAUUGCGUAGGUUUAUAUUAAAGUUAUUAUGUAUCGGGCUGAUAACAAUAUAUAAUAUUCUCUCAAUGAAUAAGAUAUUUUUUGUUUGAUUUGGGUUUUUAUUGAUAAAUUUUCAGUAGAAGACCGGUGCUCCGGUAAGCGUGUAAAGGUUUUGUGGAACGGGGAGAAUUGAGUGCAUUUGUGUGUGCACACAUUUGUGCAUUGUACUAUGUCUUGCGCAAUUGUCUAUAUCUUUGAUAAUGGUUACCGUGGUCGCAAUAAGUCAGGACUACGUCUUCAUUAAUGUAAUGUUCGUUUGACAAUUAAGGCGUUGAAAUCAUGCGGUGAAACGACGCAAGGCAUUCGCGACGCCCGUGCGGUGAGGCCAUAAUGUGACAUGGGCUGGCAUUGUUUUCAAAUUCGUUAAAUAUAUGAAUAAAAUUGCUUUAAAAAUUAUAUUAUUUUUAAUAUUCUCUCAUCUAUAAUACUCGUGUAAAAAUAUUGUUUUAAUGUUAGCAUAUUAUUUAUACAUAUCAGAAUCGAGUUAAAUGUGUGGAAAUCUGGUCCUUCGGAAGCCGGAUUUGACUUAUGGAUCCUUUUGAUAUAACAAUAAUAGAAUCACAGGACGAUAAAUCAAUUUAAUAAUAAUUUUAUUUAUUGUUUUAAAGGGUUUGUGAGUUUAUAUGACUCGAUCUCUCGAUCUCAAUACGAUCGUACCUCAUAGAAGUGACAAUUUUACAUCAUUUAGUAAAAAUAUCACAAAUUCAAUUAAUAAACCAAAUGAUUUGUCAAUACCAAUAAACUAUUGUUACAAAAUAUUUACUAUAAUAUUAGAAGUUUAUAAAGCCCUUCACAAUUCAUGAUUAUCUUAAAAAGUUCAAUACAUAAUGAAAUAUGUUUCGUCCCUUCGACAAUUUUAUUAAUGUUGUGUUCCGGUUCGAAGGGUGAGUGAGCCAGUGUAAUUUUAAGCACAAGGGACAUAACAUCUUAGUUUACAAGGUUGGUGGGCAUUGGCGAUGUAAGCGAUGGUUAACAUUUCUUACAAUGCCUAUCAAUGUGUAUGGGCGUUGGUGACCACUUACCAUCAGGUGGCCCAUUUGCUUGUCCGCCUUCCUAUUCUAUAAAAAAUAUAUAUGAACUGUUAUAUAAACUCCAAACCUACUCCUCAAAAAGGAAGAGGAGGCCUUUGGCCCAGCAGUGGGACAUUCACAGGCUGUUACGGAAAUGUUAUAUCAAAUUUGUACAUUAUAUAAUUGUAAAUAUAUAAUAUAAGACCUAUACACUUAUAUAAGAAUGAUAUGUAUAUUAUCAAACUGUAUAUAAAUAUAUACGAAAAUAAAUGAAUUAAAAACUGA